AUGUGGCUGCUGCUGGUGGCCCUGUGCCUGGCCCUGGGGCUGGAAAAUGUCAUCCCAGAUGUGUCCCACAACCCUGAGAGGUUCAUGAACAUUAGCCAGAAGAUCCUUUUCCACGGCUAUCCCAGCCAGGAGUACGAGGUGAUGACAGAGGAUGGCAACUUCCUGAGCCUCAACAGGAUUCCCCAUGGCAGGGGGGGAGCUGGGCUCUCAGGGCCCGGGACCCAGGUGCUGAUAGUGCACGGGUUGUGCCUGGAUGGUGGUGACUGGGUGGACAAUUUCCCUGAGAGCAGCCUGGCCUUCAUCCUGGCGGACACGGGACACAACAUCUGGAUCGGGAACAGCCGCGGCAGCAGCUGGUCCCGCCGGCACCGCAGCCUCUCCACUGCCUCCGAGGAGUUCUGGGACUUCAGUCUGAGACAGCUGGGAUGUGGUUGGCCAUUAAUUAAAAAACAACCACAGGAGCAGCUGUUCUACGUGGGCCACGCUCAGGGCAGCUUCCUGGGUUUCAUAGCGUUUUCCAGCUUGCCACAUCUGGCCAAGAAAAUCAAACUCUUCUUUGCCCUGGCUCCUGUGUACACCUUCCACCACGUCCAGAGCCCUGUGUUAAAGCUGGCCUUCCUGCCAGACCUGCUGCUCAAGGAGAUGUUUGGAACCAGAGAGCUGGUUCUGGUGCCGAGGAAGGAGAAGCUGCUGCUGGUUGAGAAGUGCAGCAGGCCACUGGAAGCUGAAGCGUGUGCCAACAUCAUCUUCCUGGUCGGGGGGUUCGACAGGAACAACUUGAACACGAGCCGACUGGAUGUGUACAUAUCUCAUUUUCCAGACUACACAUCAGUAAAAAACCUUCUGCACUGGGGACAGACUGCAAAAACCACUGAGUUCAAGCAGUUCGACUGCGGGCUGAGAAACAUGGAGAAGUACAACCAGCCCCCCUUUCACCAGCUCGAGGCCAUGAGGGUGCCGGUGGCCCUGUGGAGCGGGGGGCACGACUGGGUCACCCCCCGUGAGGAGACCCAGCGCUUGCUGGCCCACCUCAGCAACGUCGUGCACCAUGAGCACUUCCCCAACUGGAAGCACUUCGACCACCACUGGGGCCUGAACGCCCCCCAGCGCAUGUACCAGCGGAUGGUGGCCAUGAUGGAGGAGAAUCCAUGA